UGUAAAACAAAAAWUUUUUUUUAGGUAUAUGAUGGGAUUAAUCACGACAAAAAGGAACUUUGAGCUUUGUUCAAAGGUAACUGCAUCAUGUUUCUGUAGACGUAGAUUACCUGUUAUAAUGGUUCGGUCCAAAAUGGUUCAAACACUGAAAUCUGCUACUACCUAUAUAGAACAAGGACAUGUUCGAGUUGGUCCACAGUUAGUAAAAGAUCCAGCUUUCUUAGUAUCAAGACCUUUAGAAGAUUUUGUGACAUGGGUGGAUAAUUCGGCUAUCAAGAAACGUGUGCUUGAAUAUAAUGACCUAAGAGAUGAUUUUGAGAUAAUGUAACAUAGUUGGUAAUUUACAUUAAUUAUAACUGAUAAGUUAGUUUUUAAAUUUUAUACAUGCAUAUUUUGUUAAAUUUACUAUAAAUAAAACAUGUUUCCAUUUAAACAUUUURUGUUGAAUUCAUGCCAGA